CGUUUUGAAACUUUGAAUUAUAUGGGAAUAUAAAAUUUAUUGAAUUAAGUGGAAUUUUGGAGGAUUGUUUUAUUUUACCUCUUAACUAUGUCUUUUACAACUCAAAUGUACCUUGAUGAGGAAACCAAACGGAAAAAGGAAAGCAUAUUUUUUAACCCUUUGUUCAUAUGUACUUUUUAAACCCAGUUGAGUUAGAAAAUCAAUACUGUUUGGGCAUGCUGUAGGAAAGAAAAGAAGAUUCAAUUGUCAGAAAUUAUGGUUCAAAUGCAAUUCAAGAAUCAAGAUUCAUUCACUUGUGUUGACAGUUCUCUUCUUUUUUUUUUUAAAAAAAAAAAGGAAAAAAAAAAAGAAAGAAAGUGGAAUGGGAUUCCAAUAAUAUAUCCUAGAUUAUUUGCCUUAUUGAUUGGAGGGGCAUUGCAAGGAUUGCUGUGAUUGUCAUGAGGAGAUCAGGAAGUUGGAAAAGGAGGUGUGAGAGCUGAAAGCCCUGAUGCCCUCUGAACAGCACAUAAAGGAAUGCUACCGGUGUCAUCAUCCGGAGAAGAUCCAGAAGUUGCAAAAGGAGGUGGGAGAACUCUCCUUGCAGAUGGAAAACAACUAAGUACUCAGGUUAUGAACAUCAAGGAGCAACAUUUCUAAUUUACGAAACUUAGGACUUUGUACUAAGUUUACUGUUUUGAUUAGACAACCUUCAACUAAGUCCUUGUGUGGUUUGCAAGAUUUUUAGGUACUAAUUCAAAGAAAUUUUCUUGAGUGUCCAAACUGUAUGAAUGAAGGGAAAUUUCAUGUUUUAGAUGUUCAUUUAGGAAAUACACUAGCAUUAACAUGCAUAUAAAUAGUUGUUUAUUUA